CCUAUAAAUUCAGCUCUCCACCCCUAGGAUUCAUUGUAAUUGAAUUUCUCUUCUCUCAACUUCUCUUCUUCGAUCGUUCAAUCCUCGCCGAAUUCUUCUUAAGAUGCAAAUCUUCGUCAAGACCCUCACUGGAAAGACCAUCACCCUUGAGGUGGAGUCUUCCGACACUAUCGACAACGUCAAGGCCAAGAUCCAGGACAAGGAAGGAAUCCCCCCGGAUCAGCAACGUUUGAUUUUUGCCGGCAAGCAACUUGAAGACGGUCGAACCCUUGCCGAUUACAACAUCCAGAAGGAAUCAACUCUCCACCUCGUGCUCCGUCUCCGUGGUGGCAUGCAAAUCUUCGUCAAGACCCUCACAGGAAAGACUAUCACCCUCGAGGUGGAGUCUUCCGACACCAUCGACAACGUCAAGGCCAAGAUCCAGGACAAGGAAGGUAUCCCUCCAGACCAGCAGAGGUUGAUCUUUGCCGGAAAGCAGUUGGAAGAUGGCCGAACCCUUGCCGACUACAACAUUCAGAAGGAAUCCACCCUCCACCUCGUGCUCCGUCUCCGUGGUGGCAUGCAAAUCUUCGUGAAGACCCUUACAGGAAAGACCAUCACCCUUGAGGUUGAGUCUUCCGACACCAUCGAUAACGUCAAGGCCAAGAUCCAGGACAAGGAAGGCAUCCCUCCAGACCAGCAGAGGUUGAUCUUCGCCGGGAAGCAGUUGGAAGAUGGCCGAACCCUUGCUGACUACAACAUCCAGAAGGAAUCCACCCUCCAUCUUGUCUUACGUCUGCGUGGUGGCAUGCAAAUUUUUGUUAAAACUCUUACCGGAAAGACCAUCACUUUGGAGGUAGAGUCUUCAGACACAAUUGACAACGUGAAGGCCAAGAUUCAGGACAAGGAAGGUAUCCCCCCAGACCAGCAAAGGCUCAUCUUCGCUGGAAAACAAUUGGAGGAUGGCCGAACUCUUGCAGACUACAACAUCCAGAAGGAAUCCACUCUCCAUCUUGUCCUGCGUCUCCGUGGUGGUAUGCAGAUCUUCGUUAAGACUUUGACUGGGAAAACCAUCACCCUCGAGGUUGAGAGCUCCGACACCAUUGACAACGUUAAGGCCAAGAUUCAGGAUAAGGAAGGCAUCCCCCCGGACCAGCAGAGGUUGAUCUUCGCUGGAAAGCAGCUGGAGGAUGGAAGGACUCUGGCUGAUUACAACAUCCAGAAGGAGUCCACCCUUCAUCUUGUCCUCCGUCUCCGUGGAGGAUUCUAAGUUCUGAAAAUGGGUAUGUGUGAUGGCGGCGGCCUUGUUCCGGCCGACCAUGUGAUUGAAUGUGGGUACUUCUUAUGUGUCUUUAUUUUUCGAGUAUGUUGGUUAAGUGUCCUCCCCAGAUUCACAAUUUGGGGAGAGUAUUACAGAUAAAUAAAUUGGAAUCAUUUCUCCUUCCAAAAA